UUGGAGACGCCGAAGAAGUGGCUCUCAAACAAAAAGUGAGUUCCGGGACCCCUUCAUUUGUAUAAUCCGGCUCAAUGGUCCGGGAAGACAUGGGGAGUCGUCAGCAGCAGCAGCAACAACAGCAACGGAUGAAAGAAAUGCGCAACAGGAUGCCGGACAUUGAGAAUGUCAGAGUGGCCGUCAGAGUGAGGCCUUUCAGUCAAAGAGAGAAGCAGAGAAACGCGAGAAAUAUCAUUUCCAUGUAUGAAAAGACAACUUUUCUCAACAACCCAGAUUAUCCAAGCGAAGAGUCAAAGAAGUUUACUUUUGACUACAGCUACUGGUCUUUCGAUGGAUUUCGAGAACUAGAGAACGGACUCAUCGUUCGAGAUGAAAGCCACCCAAAUGGUGAUAGAUACUGUGAUCAACUAACGGUGUAUAACGAUUUAGGAAAAGGUGUACUGCAUAAUGCAUGGGAAGGCUAUAAUUCUACUCUUUUUGCUUAUGGACAAACAAGUUCUGGAAAAUCUUGGUCGAUAGUUGGAUAUGGAGUUAAUAAAGGGAUAGUCCCAAUGUUUUGUGAAGAUUUAUUUAAGAAUAUUGCUGAUAGCAAAGCUGCAGGAGAAAGAAUUGAAUUUGAGGUACGCUUCAGUAUGUUAGAAAUAUAUAAUGAAAUUGUGAGGGAUUUGAUCAACAUUAGUAGCAGUACAAAGAAAAGAGGUCUCAAAGUUAGAGAACAUCCUACUAAAGGAUUUUUUGCCGAGGGUCUCAGUUCCACUUUGGUGACCAGUUACAAAGAUAUUCAAGCUCAACUAGAUUUAGGAACGACAAACAGAAGUAUAGCAUCAACAAAUAUGAACGCUACCAGCAGCCGAGCUCACACAAUAGUCGGAAUUACGUUAAUACAGAAAUCAAGAAAUGUCAAAGGACAAGAAACAUCUAAAACAUCAGUCGUCAAUCUUGUUGAUUUAGCUGGAAGUGAACGAGCAUCAGCUACUGGAGCUACAGGAGACAGAUUGAAAGAAAGUGCAGCAAUCAACCAAUCUCUUUCGUGUCUUGGAAAUUGCAUUCACUCAUUAGCUGAGAGAGCUACUGGACGCAAUAUAAGAGUACCUUAUCGUGAUUCUGUUUUAACACGUCUUCUGAUGAAUGCUCUGGGUGGAAACAGCAAGACCAUCAUGAUUGCGUGCAUUAGUCCAGCUGACAUCAACUUCGAGGAAACUCUUUCUACCUUAAGAUACGCGGAUCGUGCAAAACAGAUUAAAACCGUGGCGACAAUUAACGAAGACCCGACAGAGACUCUCAUUCGAGAGCUCAGAGCUGAAAAUGAUAGGUUGAAGAAAAUGCUUGAAAGAGGAGUGAUGAAUGUGCCAAUAAAACCGGGAAUGACUGAUGAUGAGGUUGUGAGGAGAAGAAGUAGAUGGGAAGAAGAAAUGAAAGCUGCGAUGGCAGAAAACGAAAGAGAGCUGCAACAAAUUAAGCAAUCCUAUGAAGAAAAGCUGAGGCAAGCCCGACAAGCACAGAAGAUAGAUGCAGAGAGAGCAAAGUUAGAAGAACUGAAGAAACAACAUCCUCAUUUAUCAAACUUAAAUUUCGAUCCACAGCUGUCUGGAAAAAUUCUUCAUAUAUUAAAGAAAGGCGCAAACAGGAUUGGAAAAGAAGAUAAUGCAGAUAUUCUACUGUUAGGCCCAAGUAUCCAAGAAAAUCAUGCCAUUAUUCAUGUUCAAGAAGCAGAUCAAAUCAUUAUUGAAAAAGGUUGCCCAGAAGCUAGAAUAUUGUUAAAUGGAGAGCCAGUGACCAGCCAGUCUGUUCUGAAACAUAAUGAUAGAAUUAUGUUUGGAACGACUCAAUUAUAUGUUUACCAAGAUCCUGAAAAUUUUGUAAGAGGUCGGAAAUAUCCGGAAAUUACAUAUGAAAUGGCUCAAGAAGAAAUUGCAGCUAAAGCAGGAAUCAAUCUGUCUGAUGAUAAUUCUAGAGAAAGUGCGCUGCUGAACAAAGACUUAUUGGAAGUUUUACCUGGUGUUGAAGUUGCGAAUUCUAUUAGUGAAGAAUUAGAUAAGCGGGUGAGAUUUGAAAUCAUGCUUGUUUCACCUCAAAUGAUUGGAAAAUCCACUGGAAGAACAGAGGUGUAUGUCAAAAUGAAGAAUUUAGACACCCGACAGGAAUAUGAAUGGCCGAAACAGAAAUUUCUUAACCGGCUUUAUGUGAUGAAAGAAAUGUAUCAAAAUUAUGAAGCUGAAGAAGAUUGGGAUUUGCCAGCAGAAAUGGAUCCAUUCCUAGAGGAUCCUGACACGGAAGUUCGAAUUGGGACAGUUCAAGUUUACCUGCAGCCUUUAUCAUUUAUGGUAGAACUGAAAGAGCAGCUUGAAAUUAUUAAUUACAAAGGUUCUGAAGUGGGUAUUAUUAAUGUAGAAGUAUGUCCAUGUUCAGAUGAUGGAAAAGAAUACACGGAACAAGAUGAUCAAUUUGUUGAAAGUCCAAACGAGCUUAUCGGUAGAAAUUUGUAUUUCAUUGUCCGAAUAAAUGGCUGUCGUGGAAUUCCAAAUAGAUUUACGGAUGUGAACUGCAAGUAUCGAGUGUACUUAGACGAAACAGAUACAAUUACCGAAACAGUAUCAGACACAUCUAAUCCAGAUUUUCACCAUCAGAAAAUGUUUUCCUUCACUCCGGUGACUCGACAAGUUUUAUCAUACCUCAAAGAUGGAUUCAUAGUGAUUCAAGUUUGGGGAAAGCAGAAACCGCGAAAAUCCGCCAUGGCCAAAGCUAAAGGAAGGAGUACAAAGCAAAUGAUUCAAGAAGACCUGUUGAAUCAAACGUCAAGACUCAUGAAUGGUUUUCGAAUUAAUGGACGGAAUGUUGAUCCCAAUAAACAAAGCAUGAUUGUGGAGUUAUUACUUAUGAAGAAGCAACAGCAGAGGCAUAUACAGAAAUUGGAAAACAUAGGUCAUUUAGUGGAUAUCGCAGAAAAACAAAAAAUGAGGGAAAUUCCUCUACCCAUGGUGAAAGAGAUACUCUUUGCAAAUUCUAACGAAACAGCUGCCAAAGUUUUCAGCAAGAUAUUACCUAAAGGAAGCGUUUUGGCAAAAACCCCAGCAACACCAGUUGACGAAGAUGAGAUAGAGGAAGAAAGUGACGAAGAGGAUGAAGACGAAGAAGAUGAGGACGAAGAGGAAGAUGAAGAGGAGGAAGGCAAUCGUCAAAGGAGGCGGUCUAGAAGACGUAGAAGAAGAAGAAGUGAUGAAUCUGAUGAGGAAUAUGAUGAAAAUAAUUCUUACAAAGGCUCAUCCACCUGCAUUAUUGUCUGAAACGCCGUUGUUAGUAUUACUUAAAACAAGUGCCAUGGUAUUUUAUGAGAGAUUUGAAUAUAUAUGGAUAUU